AUGUCGCGGAAACACCUCACGGACGAGGAGCUCGCGAGCGCGUGGCCGUACCUCACGCGCGCGCAGGUGCAGGAGUUCAAGGAGGCGUUCGAUAUAUUCGACGUCGACGGCGGCGGGACGAUCACGGCGGAGGAGCUCGGGGAGGUGAUGAAGUCGCUCGGGCAGAAACCGACGAGGGCGCAGCUGGAGGCGAUGGUGCGGGAGAUCGACGCGGACGGGGACGGGGCGAUCGAUUUUCCAGAGUUUUUGACGAUGAUGCUGCGGAAGAUGAACGAGGGUGAUCCGGAGAGGGAGCUCAGGGACGUGUUCACGGUGUUCGAUAAGGAUCAGAGCGGGACGAUUAGCGCGGAUGAGCUGAAGAGCGUGAUGAAGGUCAUCGGGGAGAAACUGACGGAGCAAGAGAUCGAGGACGCGAUUCGGUUGGCGGAUACCACGGGAGACGGAGAGGUUGAUUACGAUGAGUUCAUCGCGUUCGUGCUGUCGUCGAAUUAA